AGUCUGAAGAGGAGAGGAAGGAGCUUCUGGACUUGAAGAAGUCCUGAACAAUCUUCUUGCUAACUACCGUCUGCUGGCCCAAACUCCACUUCAGGUAUCACUGGAAAGACUGGGGAAACUUCCACAAUGAAGACUGCAGUGAUUUGCUUCUGCUUACUUGGAAUUGUUUCUGCAUUGCCUGUGAAACAACAGACCAAUUCUGGUAGUUCUGAAGAAAAGCAGAUUUAUAGCAAACAUCCAAACUUUGUGGCAACUUGGCUGAAUGCUGACCCUUCCCAGAAGCAAACAUUAUUAGCCACACAGAAUUCAGUGUCCUCUGAAGAAAGUAGAGAAGACUUCCAAGAGACACUUCCAAGAAACUCCAAUGAAAGCCCAGAUGAUAUUGAUGAUGACGACGACGAUGACAAUGACGGACAUAAAAGCGUUGAUUCUGAUGAUUCAGAUGAGUCUGAUGAGGUGGUCACUGAUUUUCCUACUGAUACCCCAGUGACACCAAGUUUCCUACCUGAUGGACCAACAAGAGGUGAUAAUAGUGGAAGAGGAGAUAGUGUGGCCUAUGGAGUGAGGUCAAAAUUGGGGGCACCCUACAGAUCAUCAGAAGAACAGGUACAUGAUGUUACAGAAGAGGAUCUUACAUCCCAAGUGGAAAGCUAUGAGUCUGAAAAGACACCCAAGGUGGUCCCUCUCUCACAAAACCUUCUUAAGGUUUCAGCUUGGGCCAGCAAUGGCAAGGACAGUAAUGAAGCCAGCCACCCAGUGGAAUACAGUGUGGAAACGCACAGUCAUGAGCAAUUGAAAAGCUAUCAACUUGAACAAAGUAACUAUGACAGCCAACAGCAAGGUGACUCACAUGGCAGUCAGGAAAAUGACCAAGUCAGUAAAGAAUUUCACAAUCGAGAAGGUGACAGAGACAGCCAAGAAUUUCACAAACAGCGAGCCGACCAAAUCAGCCAAGAAUUUCCCAGCCAAGAAUUCCCCAGCCAAGAAUUCCCCAGCCAAGAAUUUCCCAGCCAAGAAGUCCCUGAGAGUGUGGAAAAUACUAAACAUCUGAAGCUUUAUUCUCAUGAAGCUGAUAGCGCAUCUUUUGAGACCCAUUAAUGGGCAGGGGAUGGAAUCUUAACUGUGCUUUUAGAAAGGACAGAAAAGUUAAAGUAUUGCAGUAUGGCUAGGGGAGAGUAGAGGAGAAUAGCUAAUGCUUAUUUCUAAGCUUUCUGGGUAAUACGUUUGUAUGUGAAUUUGGGUUUGGUCUCUAGCUGUAGUUAAGUGGUGACAGCCAGCUAAAUGAAAGUUUGUAGUUUUGAUUUCCAUUUGUUAUCUGAAAAAGGACAUUAGUGUUUAUUUUUCUGUUUUGAAAAGAAUAUAUAAAGCAGAAGAAAUUGUUUUAUGCAUAUAUCAGUGAAGCAUUACCUUUAUGAUACUGUACAUUUGGGGUUUUUUUAAUCAGUGUAUAUUUUGUUGUGAUUUUAUUUUAAAUAAAACAUUGGGAA